GUUGCAUAACCUCGAUUUUAAACCUCGAAACUGUGUGUAGGACGGAAGAGUCGGAUUGAUAGUCCGUCGCCUGCAAGUCCGUUUUCAUGCCAGAUUUGGAGCAUUUUAGAUUUUCCUACAAUAGCAUGAAUCCUUUGCUGGGGGCGAGCGUUUUUCUUCAGCAGCAGCAGCAGCAGCCGCAGCAGCAGCACCCGAGUCAGGGGCCCGGCCUCCAGUCUCCGACUGGGCCGCCGCUGCUGGGCGAGCCGGCCUAUGGCGCCCCCGAGCCGGCCGCCUUCCUGGGCGAGCAGCCCGCCGGCCUGUGCGCCGCCACCGGCGUGCCGGGACUCGACUUCGUAGCGGCUCCGCACAGCGCCGGCGUCGCCUACUUCCACAUCAACAACUCAGUGCACCUGCCCCCCGCCGCGGCGCCCCCCGCCGCCACGGCGCUGCGCAACGACCUGGGCUCCAACAUCAGCGUGCUGAAGACCCUGAACCUGCGCUUCCGCUGCUUCCUCGCCAAGGUGCACGAGCUCGAGCGCCGCAACAAGAUCCUCGAGAAGCAGCUGCAGCAGGCGCUCGAGAUCAACCGCGUGGUGGUCGCCGCCGAGUCCCGGAAGCCGCCCACCAAGGAGAUGGGCGUGCAGACGGGCUUCGUGGGGCCCAUCAUCCCCAUCCCGCUCCGGCCCGGCUCGCUCCCGUUCCACAACGCCAACAACGCGGUGCAGAGGCCCGCGAGCCUCUUUAUGCCGCCCCUCCUUUUCGGCGCGGAGAACGCGGCGGGCGCGUGCACGGCGGCGGACCCCAACUCGAACCCGAGCAUCGUGGUGGGGCCCGUGACCCCCACGGACAGCCUUGCGAACGCGAACGUGAACGCGAAGAGCAGCGGCAGCCCGGCUGCGUUCGCCGGCGGACCCUCGGCCAACCCGCCGCCCCGCUUCCUGCCCGGUACCAUCUGGUCCUACAACCACACCCGGAAGCUCGCGCCCGGCGUGGAGACGCGCAUCACGAGCCCGGGCGUGUCGUGGGUGCACCCGGACGGCGUGGGCGUGCAGAUCGACACCAUCACGCCCGAGAUCCGGGCUCUGUACAACGUGCUGGCCAAAGUGAAGCGGGAGAGGGACGAGUACAAGCGCAGAUGGGAAGAAGAGUACACGAUGCGAGUGGACCUCCAGGAGAAAGUGACAGACCUGCAGGAGGACCUCCAGGAGAGCGAGGCGUGUCAGGACGAGCUGGCCCUGCGCGUGCAGCAGCUGAAGGCUGAGCUGGUGCUCUUCAAGGGCCUCAUGAGCAAUAAUUUAUCCGAGCUUGACAGUAAAAUCCAGGAAAAAGCCAUGAAGGUGGACAUGGACAUCUGCCGCCGCAUCGACAUCACGGCACGCCUGUGUGACGUCGCCCAGCAGAGGAACUGCGAGGACAUGAUCAAGAUCUUCCAGGUUGCCACCCCUCCAUCUACCAUCAGUCGCCGUCCUCGCAAGCAGACUGCUCAGCCGGGGAACGGCAGUGAGCCAGAUGAGCCAACGAGCAUCUCGGAAAGUGAGGGUGGAGGGACCAAAGAUGAGCUCUGCGGCUCCUCGGCCAACCACAUCAAUGAGGAAAUGCAACGAAUGUUAAACCAGCUGAGGGACUGCGAGUUUGACGAUGACUGCGACAGCCUGGCCUGGGAGGAGACGGAGGAGACGCUGUUGCUGUGGGAAGAUUUCCCUGGAUGUGGCCUGGGAGCGGAGACACAGGGGGAGCAGGAGGAAUCCCUGGAGAAAGUGAUAAAGGACACGGAGUGUCUCUUCAAAUCCCGAGAGAAGGAGUACCAGGAAACCAUCGAUCAAAUUGAGCUCGAGCUGGCCACAGCCAAGUCGGACAUGAACCGGCACCUACACGAGUACAUGGAGAUGUGCUCCAUGAAGCGGGGUCUCGACGUGCAGAUGGAGACCUGCCGCAGGCUCAUCACUCAGACCGGGGACAGUAAAUCCACUCCCCUCGUACCUGCAGGGGGUGAAGAGAGCGAUGACGCAGACAAAGAAAAGAACCAGGCGCCUCCACCCGCACAUUCAGGAAGAUAAUAGAUUUGCUCUGUGCACUUGGGCGCUACUCUGGUGGAAACCUGGUGCAUCCUGGCAGCCUGUACCAUUGACACCACCCUGUUUGCCUUCAUCGCUGUCAUCGUCAUUGUCUGGUAGAAAAGGACCUUGUUCUAUAUUUUUGUCAAAGAUUUGUAUGCGCUUAAGGGGGAGUGUGGCAUCCACGUUGGUGUGGAGGAGCUUGCGCAGGGAGCGCUGAAUUUCCCCAACUCCUUUACCGUCCUCUUGUGGAGAUGUGCAUUACUGCAUUUGGACUCUUAUCUCGUCUCCACGCUAGUUUGUUUUCGUGCAGGUGCUGCUGCGCCGUGUUGUGCCGUAGCACCUUGUACAGUGUUAAUACAUGUCCAACGAUGACUUUAUUUUUAUACGAGCGUAUUUGUCCAGUAGCGUCUCUUCCCGAUUAAGUCGCCGUUUCAUAAUGACGCGUCGUGAACCCGCCGCAACGUGCAGUUUCAAGCGAAAAUGUUAAUGAAACGUAACUGAUAUAUUAGGCUAUGCGCUAAGUGCCCCCGAUCUUCUGGCCUAGCUGACAUCAUCUCGAUCAACUUCCAUAGCACAUACAUUAUACUUCAACUGAAACAUCAGCAGGAGCUUUCGACUUAUGGGUAUCAGUCUAAAUUCUUACGCAGUACGGCUCUUGCUUUCCAGACUUGGCUGGCAAAAAGAAAACCAUCGGAAAUGUACAGGGCGCCAAGUGUGCGAAAUCCGGAAAGCAAUCCACCUUAUACGUUCUUGAUGUUGAUGCAGUCAUUUGUUUCUAACUGGAAAUGGGUGAUAUUUCUGGUUGGCUUUUUUUACUGAGCCAAAGGGCCAAUGCUGUCAAUACUACAAAUAUAUACCACUUUGGACCGAAACUCUGCAUGCAUAGUUUAAACAAUUGCACACCAUGUGCAAGAUAUGCUGAUAUUUAUGUCAAUCUGUGGUUGCGCCGAUACAAAGAUCAGUGCGUAGCUACAGUUCUACAUAAAUUCGCCAUUGAAACUGGUACAGGGCUCUCGUGCGUAAUACAUUAGAGGGAGCGUUUCAGCUUUCCUUUCAUUGCCACAACUUUUUCCUACCGUAUGGGUAAAACGUGCUGAAGUGUCAGGCAUUAAUGAAGUGCAGAGCAGAUGGGUAUGGAUAUUUAUAAAUGCAAUAAGGACAGACGGACAGUGAAGGUAGAGACGAUGGCAGAAACCCACUCGCUGAAUCGUGACUAUAGUUAAAUCUACAGCUGUCUUGCAGAGUUUGUCGGUGCACCGUUUGGACACAGUGAUGUCACUUUCUGAGCCACAGUAAAUUCACACGGCUGAAGGCAUGUGUGACUAAUUUGCAUAACAAUACACGGCGCUUUUUACCAAGCGUCAACACAGGACGGAAUGAAAAAUGGCAAAAGCUAAGUGUUAGUAUAAUACUGCUUCAGAAAUCAUUACACAGAAGUAUAUUCAAUUUCACUUGGUCACAAUGAAUUUUUAUGUAAUUUUGGGAAAAAAAAUGGGUUAUUGCCUGAGUUGGAGAACGUAGAGGGAAAAUGUUACAUGUUGAGAAAGUCUAAGGGUGACCAGAUUUUUCUUCGUUAAGUUGCAGACAAUUUUGAAGUGUUUAUGUAUGCAUGUCAGUACGUUUGUUUUGAGUGUGUAUACAAGUUAUGGUUUUACAAUGUAGGUACUAUAAGACUACUUGCUCACGUUCAGUGCAAAGACUUCAGAAAAGUCAAACUUAAGAGUCACUAACCAAAUCUGAGUUCACUUUGCAACAUCGGAGUUGCAGCAUAAAGGAUUGCGAGCGGCUCACGGAUCCAGUCAGGAUUCCAAAGAAAAUGUAUGUGUGUGCAUGAAGAAGUUGGAGAAAACCAGCCUUAAGAUAUUUUUUGAGGGGAAAAAAAUCGAUUCCUGUUUCCGUAGGUCUUCAUGUAAUAGCUUGAGCAAUAAGUAAAAGAAAUAAGCAGAAAUGGAAAGAAAAAUGUAUAUGAAUGUAUAUAUGUAAUGAUAAAUGUGCUAUGUUAUUUCAUGUCUUCUGGAAAUUGCAGGCAGAAGAAGGUGUUU